AUUAAAGCAUUCCGCUUCUUUGUAACUGAUUAAAGCUUUCAGGUUGGAUGAAGGCUCUGUCAACUUGAUUACUUGUAACAAGCAUGACUUCCUCUGAUCUAUGCAUAUAUAACCUGUGGUGUGCAUCAUCUCUUCUGGAAUGAUAAAGCACUUCUGCAGGGACUAUGGAUGAUCUCUCCUGCAUUGAAAGCCUUAGUUGUACUUGUGGGUCCAUCUGUUGUUCAAGAGAAUUGUUGAAUACCCCUCCAGUAAUUCUUCGGGUUAUUCUUUGCGCAUUAUACCGACGUCUUUGAUUCUGGCGGUAUUCUCUAACUUGAUCUUCAAAUAAUGGUGUCUCCUCAGUUCUUGUUCUUGUAAGAGUUGUAACAGGAGGAUUUGAUGCUCGAGAAGUCAUUUCUUUAGCUUAGCCUUUUCUUCUUUGAGAAUUGUGAAAGGAUCUGUGAAGACCCUUAACUUCCCUUUUUCUUCUUUAGGCUUCUCUUGUAUAGAUAGAACCUUUAUUUUUUCAGUCAGACUCUGUAUUAUUGCUUCAGGCAAAGGUUGUUGUUGGGGAAUUGUCUUUCCCUCAAUUUUCUUUAUUCUUUCCUCCAGGCUCUCAAGUUUUUCUAGUAUAGUAACUAGAAGUUGUAUCUGCGUAUUAGCCUGUUUAAUAGUACAAAUAUUGCUACUAAUACCUCCUUUAAAAUCAGAUGGUCUGCAAAAACCAAGGACUGGAGAUUCAAUUUCUUCUGUUGUUUGCAAGGCUUCUUUAUAGGAGUUUGUAGCCUGAGUGUUUAUAUGGCUCAUGCAGAAACCCAAGCUUCUACCUUAUGUAGUAAUUUUUCAACCUUGCUUAGUUUUUCUUUUAGCUCCUCAGAAAGGCGUACGGCUUGUUCUUCUAUGUGUUUAGGCCGUUCUGUUAUCUUAAUGAUAAUUUCUUUUAAUUGUUUUUCACUUAAAGGCUUGCUUUCUAGCACUUUCUGAGUCAGGUUUUCUAGGGCUUUAUUAAUCUUGUGAUUUUCAAAUUUCAAAGCCUCUAUUUGUUCUUGGAUUUACUUAAAGUUUUUCAAAUGAACUCUACAAGAUAGACAGAUUCUAUCGUAGAUUAUUGAUAUAUUGUGAGCUAACUCUCUUUUCGUAGGCUGGGAAUCGGCCACUGAAACAGAGCUUGAAUAUCUCAAGCUGAGAAUAGAAGACGCCUAGAAUGCCACAGUUGCUGCUAUAGAGGAGGGUAUUGUUCCUGGUGGAGGCGCCGCCGUGGUUCACCUCCACUUUUGUGGCUGCCAUCGAAGACGAGAUUGAAGAUGCCAAUGAGCAUAUCGGUGCCGACAUUGUUCAAAAGCCUUGAUUGGCCACAAUGCAGGUGUGGAAGGAGAGGUGGCGGUCGAGAACAUCAAGGACCGCGAGUGGGAGAUUGGUGACAAUGCUAUGACUGAUAGGUAUGGACCCAGCUUAGGUGACAAGAUGCGGCCUGCAAAAUGCUUGUCGGUGGCCGGAAUGUUGUUUAUGACGCAGGCCGGAAUGGUGUUGAGGCCGGAAUGGCGUUGACGCAGGCAAUCGUGGUAGACAAGCCGAAGCCAAAGGCUCCUGUGUCUGAGCCAGCCGAAGGAAGUCUCAUGGUUUAACCAUUGUUAUGUGACUUCGAUACUCCAAGCAACUCGGCAGUUGACACUUUAGCGCACAUGAAUCCUUAACCACGUUUCCAAGAACAGUGAUUCAGUUUACGCUAAUUAAUAUUGAUUCGAUUCAAAAAUUUUUCAUUAACUAUUACAAUCUUAGUGUAGGGUGAAUGAUUUGAAUCACAAUUAGUAAUUUUAAUUUAAUUUAACAUGUUAAUAAACUCUUUUGAAUUUGGAUGUAUCAUUUGGUAAAUAUUCUGCAUGCGGAUCCGGUAUCAGGAUCCGGUUCGCCUCGGUUUGUGCCAGUAUCGAUUUAUUCCAAUAAAGCUUGCCUCCGACGACUGCCUCCGUCGCUCCCACGAUUCCACUGGAGCAGGGUCUCCAGACUUUCCGUCUCCGAUCCUUCUCUCUGCAUCCUAAACAUGGCGGCCGCUUCUCGCUUUAAGGGACUCGGAGCAGUCCUCGCUGCCUCGGGGGCGUCCUGGGCGGCCGUUGCUCUCGUGCAGCCACCGACGGCCUCCGCCUCCGAACGCGGCCCCUCUGGGAUCGAUUUCGCCCGACGAAAGAUCGCCGAUCCCUUCGCCGUAGUCCCGCCAAGGGAGGUCCAGGAGUCGGCCCUCAUCGGGACCAGCCCCAUCAAUCCGCUCGAUGUCCUCGUGAUCGGCGGUGGGGCUACCGGCUGCGGCGUCGCGCUGGAUGCCGCCACCCGAGGGCUUCGCGUGGGUCUCGUCGAGAGGGAGGAUUUCUCGUCGGGGUCGUCUUCGAGGUCCACUAAAUUAGUACACGGAGGUGUACGAUAUUUGGAAAAAGCUGUGUUCAAUCUUGACUAUGGGCAGUUGAAAUUGGUUUUCCAUGCACUAAGGGAGCGUAAGCAGGUCAUUGAUAACGCCCCACAUUUAUGCCAAGCAUUGCCCUGCAUGACACCUUGUUUUGAGUGGUUUGAGACUGUAUAUUAUUGGAUGGGACUAAAAUUAUAUGAUCUUGUUGCUGGCCGAAGGAUGCUACAUCUCUCACGGUAUUAUUCUGCAAAUGAAUCAGCUGAACUUUUUCCAACACUGGCCAAGAAAGGUCACAAGGGAAGCUUGAAAGGAACUGUUGUGUAUUAUGAUGGGCAAAUGAACGAUUCACGGUUGAAUGUAGGACUAGCUUGUACUGCUGCAUUAGUCGGUGCUGCUGUUCUUAAUCAUGCAGAAGUAGUAUCCUUGAUUAAGGAUGAAGUCGGUGAGCGAGUAGUUGGUGCACGAAUUCGCAAUCAGUUGUCAGGCAAAGAGUUUGAUACAUAUGCAAAAGUUAUUAUAAAUGCCGCUGGACCCUUUUGUGACAGCAUAAGAAAAAUGGCCAAUAAAGAUGCACCAGCAAUGAUAUGUCCAAGUAGUGGUGUCCACAUAAUACUUCCUGAUUAUUAUUCUCCUGAGGGAAUGGGACUAAUUGUUCCCAAAACAAAAGAUGGACGGGUUGUUUUUAUGUUGCCUUGGUUGGGAAAGACACUUGCUGGAACUACAGAUUCUAGCACUGCCAUUACAAUGCUCCCAGAGCCACAUGAAGAUGAAAUACAAUUUAUAUUGGAUGCCAUUUCUGACUACCUUAAUGUUCAGGUUAGACGUUCAGAUGUGCAUUCUGCAUGGAGUGGUAUUCGACCAUUGGCCAUUGAUCCAUCAGCAAAAAACACUGAGAGUAUAUCCAGAGAUCAUGUCAUCUUUGUGGAUCAUCCUGGUUUUAUAACUAUAACAGGUGGAAAGUGGACUACAUACCGAAGCAUGGCUGAAGAUGCAGUUAAUGCAGCAAUAGAGGCAGGCAAGUUGAAACCUUCCAAUGGUUGUGUGACCGAUCACCUCCGUAUUGCCGGUGGAGAUGGAUGGGAUCCAGUGUCAUUCACUAUACUUGCUCAACAGUAUGUACGAAUGAAAAAAACACACAGCGGCAAAAUUAUUCCUGGGGUGAUGGAUAGUGCUGUUUCCAAGCAUUUAUCCCAUGCAUAUGGUACUCUUGCUGAACGAGUAGCUACUAUUGCUCAGAAUGAGAACUUGGGGAAACGACUAGCCCAUGGAUACCCCUUCCUAGAAGCUGAGGUUGCAUAUUGUGCUCGGAACGAGUAUUGCGAAUCAGCUGUUGACUUCAUCGCUCGAAGGUCUAGACUUGCUUUUCUUGACACUGAUGCAGCAGGUCGAGCAUUGCCCCGUGUAAUAGAGAUUCUGUCUGCCGAGCACAAGUGGGACAGAGCCAGACAAAGGCUAGAGUUGCGAAAGGGCAAGGAAUUUUUGGAAACAUUCAAAUCAUCAAAAAAUGCACAGUUUCGUGAUGGAAAACACACAGGUUGAUGAACCCUAUUUUUAGGAACAGCAAUUGCGCCGGAUGUCUAUGAACGAGAUUCAACAUAAUGAUUCCAUCAUACCCCAAGUAACAAGGACAAACUAAUUUUAGCUGAAAAAUUGAAUGUUUAUCUGUUACAUUACCUGUACCGAUAAUAGGAUUUUUCUGUAUUUGCUCUGCCAAAGCUAAGAUCAUAAACAUCGAAUAACAGGAAUUGAUUUUUACAA